AUGACUACCCAGCAAGGCGCUAUCAGCAAGCGUCGCAAGUUCGUCGCCGACGGUGUGUUCUAUGCCGAACUCAACGAGUUCUUCCAGCGCGAGCUGGCUGAGGAAGGCUACUCUGGUGUUGAGGUCCGAGUCACGCCUACCGUCACUGAUAUCAUCAUCCGCGCAACACACACCCAAGAAGUCCUAGGCGAACAAGGACGACGCAUUCGUGAACUCACCUCGCUGAUCCAGAAACGCUUCAAGUUCCCCGAGAACAGCGUCUCCCUUUAUGCCGCGAAAGUCCAGAACCGUGGUCUCUCUGCCGUCGCACAGUGCGAGUCCCUCCGAUACAAGUUGCUCAAUGGCCUGGCCGUCAGACGGGCUUGCUAUGGUGUUUUGCGUUUCAUUAUGGAGAGUGGUGCAAAGGGUUGUGAAGUUGUGGUGAGCGGUAAACUGAGAGCUGCCCGAGCAAAGAGUAUGAAGUUCACGGACGGCUUCAUGAUCCACUCCGGUCAACCCGUCAACGACUUUAUCGAUUCCGCCACCCGACACGUCCUCCUCCGCCAGGGUGUCUUGGGCAUCAAAGUCAAGAUCAUGCGCGGCUCCGACCCUGAAGGAAAAGCCGGUCCCCAGAAAUCUCUCCCCGACAGCGUCACCAUCAUCGAACCAAAGGAAGAACAGCCGGUCGUGCAACCAAUGAGCCAGGACUACGGUGCAAAGGCACUGGCCGCUCAGCAGGCAGCGCAAGAUGCGCGGGCGGCGGCCGACGCGGAACAGGACGGUGCUGGUGGGGAGGAGCAAUACGCCCAGGAGUAG